GGGAGGUAAAGAGGGCGAGUGAAGAAGAGAAAGAAGAGGAGGUAGAAGAGCAGAAGAGGGAGAGUAAGAGAGCGAGCAGAGCGUGUUGCAGGUUCUCCUGGCCAAACCCCUGUCUGAGAAAAAUGCACCCCAACUUUGCCGGCACUUGGAAGAUGAAGAGCAGCGAGAAUUUUGAUGAACUUCUCAAAGCCCUGGGCGUGAACGCCAUGCUCCGGAAGGUGGCUGGGGCAGCCGCCGCCAAACCCCAUGUGGAGAUCCGACAGGACGGGGAGCAGUUCUACAUCAAGACCUCCACCUCUGUGCGCACCACGGAGAUCAACUUCCACAUCGGAGAGGAGUUUGACGAGGAAACUGUGGACGGCAGGAAGUGUAAGAGUCUGGCCACGUGGGAGACGGACAAUAAGAUCUACUGCAAGCAAACGCUGGUGGAUGGCAAUGGGCCCAAGACAUAUUGGUCCAGGGAGCUCCGGGGGGAAGAACUCAUACUGACGUUUGGAGCAGAUGAUGUGGUGUGCACACGGAUCUACGUGCGAGAAUGAUGCUGCCCAAAUCCGGACACGGUAGCAUCUAAAGGUCAUGAAGUACCCUGUACCCCAGACCCCCUUCUCUCCAAGACCCCAGAGUCGAUCAACACGCAACUCCUUCUGUGUGAUGUGAGAUUUAAGCAGCAACUCAACUUCAGCAUCUUUUAUCUGGUUGUUCAUGCAUGUCCAGUUCUGCUAUCACUGUGGUUCUGUGCUAAAGCUCCAUGUAAACAUGCAUCCCUCACCUACCAUUUUACUUUCUUAGAUGUGUAUUUUAUUGGUAUUGCAUACAAAAAAACAGGAAUAAAAAUGGAACAAAAUGCCUGAA